ACUUUUAAAGUGUGUACGAAAAUAAAUCAUUCACUGUCAAUAGAAACAAGUUGUUUACGGCUGACUUAUAAACAAAUUGCUUGAGAAAUGGAAAAACAGGAGACGCAAACAACCGGGAAUCCACGCCGAAAGAUCCUUCACAUGGCUAUCUCCAGCAUAUUAAUGGAGAAAGGUUUCGAAUCAGCCGAGAAAGCCUGUGUCGAAACCUUAACUGAAAUGUUGCAAAGUUUGCUCGUAGAGAUUGGACAAUCGUCACGUAAUUACUGUGAACUUUCAGGACGCACUACGCCAGUGAUUGGGGAUGUAGUUGUUGCUUUAAUCAACAUGGGGAUUUCUCUACAAGGAAUAGAUUCUUUUGGAAAGCGUGACAGUAGGCAUAUAAUUCCUACACCACAGCAGGCAUCACAGCAGAAACAAUUGAAUCUGUUACAGGCCGGAACGAAGAAUGCACAUCCACCGCAUAUUCCGAAUUAUCUUCCUGCAUUGCCCGACCCUCAUGCUUACAUACGAACUCCGACUCAUAAACAACCUGUCACGGAGUACGAAGCUAUCCGAGAGAAAGCAGCAAAUCAAAAAAGGGAUAUUGAGCGAGCUUUAACAAAAUUUCUUGCAAAAACCAGCGAAACAGAAAGCCUGUUUGACACAGAGGAUAAUAUGUUUCCAUUGAUAGCUGCAAAACCUUCCUUCCCCUCAUAUCUGGCUGCAUUGAAUCCAACAGAUCAAGUAUUUGAUUUUGAUGAGCUCGAAUAUCACUACCAAGUAGCGAAUCGAACGGAAGACGUGACAACCAAGGCUGAGAACGAGAACGAGAGUGGCAACGAAGAAGACGGUGACGAACCAAAACAAGAAAAGGAAGAGCCCAAUAUAAAAAUUGAACCAGAGAUAGUACCCAUAAAGAAUAAUUCAUCCACAAACAAUGCAAUACUGAAUAAUCCAAACAUAGAUAAUCCAUAUUUGAGAGCAGCAACAUUACCUAAGAAGCCCAAAACUGAGCCGUCAAGUAGUUUUAAUAUAUAAAGUUUACAUUUAUAUUUAUUAAUAAAUAAUAUUU